GAUUAAAGACACACACGCGCGCGCGCGCACACACAGAUUAGCAACAAUCAAAAUCCACAGCCGCCAUGAAUCGCACCCCACAGGAGUGGAUCCGGUUGUCUUUGCGCACCCCGGGCAUCCUCAUCUUCGGGUUGGUUCUGGCGCCGUGCGGCUGGAUCCUGAACCUUACAGCCACCGUGGCCCCAAACUGGAGGACCCUCCACGAUAUUCCCGGAAUCCCGACGACUGACUUCAUCCAGCAAGGCAUCUGGGAGAUCUGCAGAGCCACCUCAACCAACCAGAGAUCGGAUUGCAGCCUGCAGGACACCAUAUAUUUCGGCAACCAGAUCAUCAAGACCGCCCAGGGUUUGAUGGUGGCUUCCCUUAUCGUGACUCUGAUCGGGCUGGCCGUGGCCAUCCCGGGGGUCCGCUGCUGGAGAGACAGGCCCAACUGGCUAGUGGCCGGCCUGGGGGGACUGUUGAUCUUCCUCUCGGGAGUCAUGACCAUCAUCCCCAUCGCUUGGUACACCCACAUCUUAGAAUCAAUCUCAUCAGUGUCCUCGACCACUUCCGUGAAAGUCGGCUACUGCAUCAUCCUGGGCUACAUCGGCGGGAUAUUUGAAAUCCUGGGCGGCUUCGUCAUGUUCAUCGGGAUCUGCCGUUGCUGCGGAGGAAAGAACCGCGGGGAGUCGCGCAUCGAGGAGGUCACGGGCGUCCGGUUCGGCAAUGUCAAGCAGCCGGCGAGACGAAUCGAAGUGCCGAGCCUGGACCGGCCCAGGAGCGUCGUCAGCAGCAGCGUCCCGUACUCGAAGGACUCCAUGGACGACGAUGUGUCCUUCCCCCGGGCCAAGAGCCCGGCCAUCCGGGCAGGCAACAACUCCUACGGCGGCAGACCCUACGACGCAGACCUCUGAGAAGAAGAAGCAUGGCACACCAUCUCGACACGACAAUGUGCACAAAGGGACUGAACAAUGGUAUUAUUAUUAUUAUUCAAAGACUUUAUAACAUCGCACAUCCAACCCACUUCAGUAAAACUGUGUUUACUAUUCUCGAGUAUUGUAGUCAUAACAGUGUGACCAUAUGACAUAUUGGAGGAAUAGGCUAAGUGGGACCAAGAUAUCAAUCACCGUACAUUUGAUGAAAUCCCUGUCAACUCAUUAUUAAGUGAGGCAGAAUUUCUUUAAACUUCCCUUGGAGUGUUGCAGUGUGUCAUCAUUAGGACAGAAUCAGCUGCUUGGAGGCAUAAGGGCUAAAUGAUGUGGGCUGCACUUCAAUAUGGCUACAGAUGAGAUUCAAUAGCCUAAAAGAGAAGCCUGAUUCUAAUAUAAGUGUGAUACAUGAUGGGUGUAUGAUUCAAACAGUGCAGCAAUGGGGAAGAUGGGAUGCAUGUUAUAUUUAAAUAUGCAAUCCCUUCAUCGUCUUUUACACUGCAAACGAUGCUGAAUUCCAUUUGUGACUUGACCUCAUCUGUAAAGAAGCUUUUGCAUUUUGUUCUGUGUACAUUGGCUAAUUAUUGUUCUUAAUUUUGAUGUAAUUUUUGUAUUUUUAUGCACUUUACAAUAAUGGCAAAUCUUGUAGGACAACAGGCCACCUUUUGAUAAUGAAGGAAUGCUAAGGUGAUCAAUCUUCUGUAAGUGUUGUUUAAUAAAUGUGCACCGUUUUCUAAUUCCAAA